GCGUCACUCUUUCCCUUGUUUACUCUCACUUGCACUUGUUUACUCUCACUUGCACUUGUUUACCUCGCAUCUAGCUGUUUGUUUUCAUUCUGGCUGUUUACUCUCGCGUCAAGCUGUUUACCCUCUUCCAGCUGUUUCUUCUCAUUUCCAGUCGUUUGCCCUCGCUCCAAGCUGUUUACUUCCAUUUUGAGUUUUUUACUAUCACUGCCAGCCUUCGGCCUCACCAUCUGACAGAUUGACCGGCUAGCAAGGACGCUGGAAGCUCAUGCUCGACUAUCCAAUGUACUAGACUGCACAGUCAGACUUUGCAUGCUCCAUCUCGGCUACCAGCCACGAGCUCCUUCCUGCUAGAUACCUCCCGCAAGCACGCAGGCGUUCGCUUCCGCAUGGCUAAAGCAAAAGACGAAGGAGUGGACGUCAUCGAUGUUCUUAUGUAUGAGUAUCGUGAAGCUCUUGUCCGCAAGGGCUAUCGACGGCGGGAGAUCGACGACCUGUGUGCAAGGGCGAAUGGUCUUCUCGACGAAGAGCGUGAGUCACCGCGAGGCGUUGAUAUCGUCGACAUGAUUAUGGACGACGCCGUCGCUCGCGUGUCUCAUAGGCGUCUAGCGGCUGCGCGUUCUACAUACUAUCGCUCCUAUGUGGGACCGGCCUCAAGAGUCUAUAUGAGGAAGAAUAUGUCAGCCGCUAGGGAUGUUCCGCACUUCCUUGUAGGCCAAGCGGUUGAGCUGCGCCGAGCGAAGGCGAAUCUGGUCCGGCUGUACUCCUUGGAGCAGAACGCAAUGGCUGCGGCCUGGAGGCGCCCCGCUCAAGAUUUGUACGGAAUCUCAAAGCGUCGUGCCAGCGCUGAGCGACGAUAUGUGGGCGCUCUCAUUCGGUAUCUUCGCGAUUCAAAUCAAAUGGGCAGGGCACGCGCCACUGAUGUGCAGCGCUACUUCACGCGCCAGAGUAUGACGGGCAUGGGGCCAGUCAACAAGGGAUAUCUGCUUGGUAUGUUUGCCGGAUGCCUACCUAUCGCGGCGUUCGUGAAUCAGACGUAACGGAUAAAGACGGUGGAUUGUGAGAAGUGGGACAACAUCAUCACUC